UCUCUGCUGAAUCUGUGGAUUCAACAUGACUUUAAGUGCUACUGUUUCUCAAGGUUUGCUGUUGACCACAGAGAAAAACAUGAGAGUGUCAUCGCUGUGUUUCCUGCUCGUGUGUAGUUUUGUAUGUGAAGCUUUCUCAGAAGAUGACAGGUCAUACAAUAUGUGUCAAAACUGUGAUCACAACAACUACUGCAACUGCUCUUCGAUGAAUUUAAAGAAUAUUCCGCUUGUGUCUGAAAAGGCAUUCACAUUUGACCUGUCCUACAACAGCAUUUCACAGAUUAAUGACACAGAUUUCAUCACAUACAGAGAGCUGAAAAGACUUCUGUUGCAAUCAAAUCAAAUCCAAUCUAUCAGUGAUCAUGCUUUCCAGCUCAACACAGAAGUGGAGUACCUUGACUUGUCUGAAAAUCUUUUAACCAAAGUAACAUCGAAUUGGUUUAAGCAGUUUCACAAACUGCAAUACCUUAACCUUUCAGGGAAUAGGUACACAACUCUGGGAUCAGGGAGAAUUUUCUCAAAUCUCUCAAGACUCCGUUGGUUAGAAUUUGGCAAUCCUUUCCUAUCACAUUUAAAGGAAGAUGACUUUGUAGGAAUUACACAUCUAGAUGAGUUUGUUUUGACAGCAAAUAAUUUGGAUUCAUAUCAGCAAGGAACUUUCAGUUCUUUCAGAAAUAUAAGCCAUGCUGCAUUGAGUUUACUUAACAUAUUUCUGACUAAGACAGGCCAAGCUCGGCAGAUUCUUAUAGAUUUGUCAGGAUGCACCACCCACUUAGAGCUAAGAGAUUUAAUGUUUCCUGAUGAAGGUGACGGUCAGUUAUUUUCUGUUCCAGGCAAUUCGUCAUUCACAAAAUUCACCUUCCAAAAUACUUUUCUUACUGAUGACACUGUACUUAAUUUUAUAAAUUGCAUGAAAAACACAAAACUAUCAGAGAUAGUAGUGAAAGAUUGUGUGCUUUCAGGAACUGGGAAAUGGCCGAAGAUAGACAAUAUAAAAAACAACUCACUUCAUUCAUUAACAUUAAAUAAUAUAUCCAUUAAACACUUUUAUGGAUUUUAUGAUCUUUCAGGCAUUAGUCCAAUACUUGAACCCAUUAAAACAGCUAUAUUGACAAAACUAAAUAUGUUUCUGAUGCCCUGUCAUGUAUCCAAGAACUUAAAGAAUGUGGAGUAUCUUGAUUUAACAUACAAUUUGUUGAGUGAUAGAAUAAUGCAAGAAAUGGUUUGUUCUGGAGCUUGGCCGUCGUUACGUUACCUUAUUCUGAGAAAGAAUAUAUUAAGAUCCCUCAGUAUAACAAGUCCAAAACUAUCAACACUUUCUACUCUUACCCAUUUAGAUUUGAGCCAAAAUAGCUUCAGUGAAAACAGUGCAUCAUGUAAGUGGUCUAAAAAUCUGCAAUUUCUAAAUCUUUCAAGCUGUAAAAUAAAAAGUAUAUCACAAUGUCUCCCCCCAAAUGUUGAGGUAUUGGAUUUAAGUAACAAUGACAUCAGCAGUUUUAUGGUUAGUCUGUCUGCUCUCAAGACUUUAAAUGUGUCCAAUAAUAAGUUUAAAAGUUUACCAGCUGAUAGCUAUUUACCAAAGAUGCAGAUUCUGAAGAUCAGCAACAAUAAACUCACCUCGCUCACAGGUGAAGAAAUCAUCACAUUUAAGAAGCUUGAAUUUUUGGAGGCUGGAAAAAAUAAUUACAUUUGUUCAUGUGAAUUCCUCCUUUACAUGAAUCAUUACAUAACAGUACAACUGCUGGACCAACCAGAAAACUAUGUUUGUGAUUCACCUCUAACUCACAGGGGACAGUUGGUGCAAAAUACUAAGCGCUCCUUCUUUGAUUGUCACAUGACAUGGUCCAUAGUCUUAGUAUGUGUGAGUGUGUCUUUGGCAGCAACAAUCGCUGGGACAGCAUGCCACAGGUAUCAUGGGAUCUGGUACCUCCAAAUGACCUGGGCAUGGCUACAAGCAAAGAGGAAACCAAAAAAAGUGAGGAACAAUGAUAUCUGUUAUGAUGCAUUUGUUUCUUACAGUGACAUGGACUCAGACUGGGUGGAAAACUCCUUGGUGAGGGAGUUAGAAAGUGUUCACCCACCACUGACACUCUGCCUUCAUAAACGUGAUUUCAUUCCGGGGAAGUGGAUCAUUGACAACAUAAUUGAAUCCAUUGAAAAAAGCAGGAAAACAUUAUUUGUUAUAUCUCAACAUUUUGUCCAGAGUGAGUGGUGCAAGUAUGAGCUUGACUAUACUCACUUCCGUCUAUUUGAUGAAAACAAUGAUGCAGCCAUACUUGUUUUGCUGGAGCCAAUCCCAAAGGAGACCAUUCCUCAGAGAUUCUGCAAGCUUCGGAAAUUGAUGAAUACAAAGACUUAUUUGGAAUGGCCUCAGGAUGUAGAGGAACAGCAGAACUUCUGGCUUUCCUUAAAAGUUGCAUUAAAAGAAGAAAUACCAUUAACCAAUGUCACAGAAAAUCCUAGCCCUCUACAAAAUUGACUAAUUUACUUGGAUCCUUCAAACUGAAUACAGUUUUUAUUUGUACAGGCAGGUCAUUGCACAAAUCUCUUGGGGUCUUUUUGAUACGGAGGGUGGGGGAGUAAAAGAAAGAAAUGAUUUUUCCUGGCCUCAGGACUUCUCAAAGCUAAUAAAGUUCAUGUGAAAUAUCAUUACUCUUGGAAAACAAGGCAGGAAAUGUCCAGAAGCACCAAUAAUUUCAGUGUUAAGCAAGCAAGUCCAGCUUUAGAAUGUCAGCUUAGAUUAUUGUCCUGCAUGGCAACAGAAAUGAGAAUGCUAUCAACUGAUGUACAACACAGAAUUAUGAUUUGAUAAACAGAAUACAAGAUAUUAAUAUAUUUUAUUAUGUAAUUGCAUUUUUAAUGUAUGUUUUUCAAUGUCUCACUGCUUAGCACCUGUUGUCAAUCAUCCUCAGCCCUCUGAACUUAAUUUCUCCAGAUCCAGGAUGGUCAGAAAUAUCUGAAAACUAUCAAAAAUGAAAACAAUCAGAGAAAGAAUUAAAAUUUAUUAUGCAAAAAUUGAAAAUUAAAACAAAAGUAGUAUAAAUCCUGGGAGAUCUCAGCAAAUCCUAUUCUACUUCUGGACUCCAUAAUAAGUGAUCAGUGAAGCUCAGUCAGUAAGUUCGAUAUUUAUGUUUUUUCAUAUGUUUACAAUGAUAAUUCAGACCCAUGUGUUCACCAGAACUGACUGGCUCUUCAGAUUUACAUAACAGUUUUUCAUUCAUGAUUCAAGUCAGUAAGUAUAUGUUACUUUAUAUAUUACCUGUGUGCCAUAAUUGUUCUAAAAGUAUAAUUCAAGAAUAUAAAAAACAAUCAUUGGAACAAAAACAGAGAAUGCUGGAAUCGUUCAGCAGAUCAGGCGGCAUCUCUGAAAAGAGAAACAAAAUUAAUAUUCAGAUUGAACACCCAUUGUCAGAAUAUGACAGAUCUUGCAUUUUGCAUGAUGAAGAAGUUGAUAAAAAUGAUACAAAAAUUAACUCUGUGGUUGACAGUGAGAAGGAACGCUUAAGGCUGCAGGAAGAUAUAGAUGGCCUGCCCUGUAGAAAAAUACAAGUCAGAAUUAUCAAAUAAUGGAUUUGGGAAGAUGCAGCAAAGCAGAGAAUUUACAAUAUAUUGGCAAAUAUUGAAGUGUGUGGAGGAACAGAGGGAUCUUAAAGUCUACAUCCAUAAAUGCAGGACAGCUGAGUAAGGAGGAUAAGAAGGGAUAUAGUAUCCCGUUCUCUUUUAGCUGUGGCCUAAAAAGGGAGGAGGUUAUGCUUGAACUGCAAACAACACUUGUUAGAUUUCAACUUGGUCACACAUUAGAUGAUUAGUUAGGUUACAGCUGGAAUAAGCAUAAAGUUCUGGUCACCACAUCAUAGCUGGGCUGUGAUAGCAAUGGAGGAGAUGAAAGUAUGUUCACCGGGAUGCUGCCUGAAUGGAGCAAUUCAGUAUGAGGACAGACUGGAUAGCCUCGGUUUGUUUUCCUUGGCGUAGAAAAGGCUGAGGGGUGAUCUAACUGAGGGUGUAGAUGGUGUAGAUAGUGAUAAAUGUUUCUCUUAGCUGUUUAUAACCAGAGGGCAUAAACGAGCAGCUCUUGCACUUUUACAUUUCUUGCCAUUUUAUUUUCACUUGAUCUUCCCUUUCUAGAUCAAUUACUUGACAUUCUUUGCUGAGUUCUGAAAUGCUCCAUCAUUUGGAUCACUGCUAAUUCUGGAAAUUUUGAUUUAAUACCAUCCUUUUGAUAGUAUUCAAUUUUGAUUUUAAGAAUAACUUAUUUAAUACUAUCUCUUCCUUUGACAAUGAUAUCUUUAAUAUCUCCUGUGAGCUAUGUCAGACCACUUUUCAUGCUGGGUUUUGCAAAGGCAUCUAAAGGAAUACUUUUUUGCAAAUCAUGUACUAUAUCUGUAAAUGCUAGCUGUUGUCUGGCCACUAUCAUACCUUUCUCAAUUAACCACAGCCAAAUUUCUCCAUGGGUUUGAAGGCAGUGCUGGAGAUAGACCUAGUGGGUUUAGGGCAGUGUGGGAGACAAAGAGAAUCUAGAACCACUCUAUAGAUCAAGUGAUGAUGCUGACUGAGUGAGAUGCUCCUGCUUCUGCAGGAUACAUCCAUGUUUUUCAGCCAGGAAUUUGCCUCCGGUUAUGUACUGAAGGGUACUGGAACACUGCAAUCUUUUGACAUCAUUUGAAAGUCGACCCGCGCUCUGUAAUAAAUUAGGCAACAGCAGAACCAAAGAACUUACAAUUAAUGCUUUAUUAGUUUAACACUAGUGGGAGUGGGGGAUACAGAGAAAGAGUAAACAGUAUAACCCAAGCUCUGUAUUAGACCCACUUAAAGAUCCCCCGGUUAGUGUGUACCUUUAUACCCACUUUGUGAGGAACCUUCGUGGCAAUUACUACAGCAAUUGCUUACAGCAAGCUUUAGCAAAACAAGAUAUGUCUAAAAAAAACUAUUUCUUUCUCACCCACACCUGGCCUCACUUCAGCCAUAACUAUAAUUCUUUACCAUGGGAAGAAUAGCUGACUAUCAGGAGAAUAGCUACAUACCAUUAACCCUUACAUUGCCAGUCAUUAACCCUUGCAUUCCCAGUUAUCUUUUACAACCAAGCACCAUCAAGUAGACAGCUGAGGAUUUCCCAAGGGCUUCUGCGAGAGGUUUUGGAGGAUCAGCAUCAGGCCACAAACUUUGGACAGUGUAGUUGCUGUACCAGGAAGCAACUCAAUUGACAAUUAUGGGCAGCCUUGGAGGGUGGUCAGGAGGCAGCCUCACUCUGGGAAGGAGUGAGAACAGUAGUAGCAGAGUAAGGAAAAUGGGUGAGAAAGGGGA